AUGGCGAACCGGGGCUAUGAUGUGAUUGUAGAUGCGGAUACCGAGGGCGACCUUGGCCAUACCGACCUUCAGGAGGACCUUGAAUUCCAUCCCUCUAAUUUCGAAAAUGAUCAGCGCAAUGCCAAAGUGCAGCACGACUCGACACCUUUUCUCGGCGGAGGUUCCUCCCGCGGUCGUGACAGGUCACCUGGGGGCAGCCCUUCAAAGCAUACCUGGUGGUCGAUCCAUUAUUACGCGCAAUUCUUCAAUGUUGAUACAAACGAGGUCCUAAGACGAUGCGUCGCGGCAGUGUACCCGCGCAGUAACUUCCUCGAUGUCCUGGAAGGCAACGCCGACCUGUACGGCCCAUUUUGGAUCGCCACAACCGUGGUCGUGAUCCUCUUUUUAACCGGCACUAUCUCGCAAUGGCUCUCAAACAACGACGAGGAGCACUUCGCGUACGACUUUACGCUUCUCUCUGGGGCUGCGGGCUUGGUCUACGGAUAUACGUUCGUUCUACCAAUUGCCCUUUGGGGUGCAUUGCGCUGGUUCGGUAGCUCCACUGCGGACUUGAUUGAGUGCUGGGCAUUGUACGGAUACUCGAAUUUGAUCUGGAUUGCCGUUGCGCUGGUAAGCUGGAGCCCCCUGACUGCGCUCAAUUGGGCGCUUGUUGGAGUUGGCUUUGGCUGGACCGUCUUCUUCCUGCUGCGUAACUUGUAUCCUGUGCUAAGUGCUACGGACGCUAAAGCCAGCAAGAUUCUACUGAUUCUGGUUGUUGUGCUGCAUGCAGGUUUCGCCAUCGCGAUCAAGAUCCUGUUCUUUGCGCAUGGAAGCCCCGUUUCCAAGAAGAACAAGGACGAGAAGGAGAAGGAUCAUGAUGACGAGAAGCAUGACGAUGACGACAAGCGACGCAUGUUGGGCAUGUAG